GCGGCCUUGCUCUCCAGCUCGACGCGCGGCUCAGCCAAUGGUCGCUUCCGAGCGUCCGGGUCUGUGUUGCACGGAUACUGGUCGUAGUUUCUGGACCGCCUAGACCUCCGUACCCACUGUCCCACUCCGGCCCCACCCCGCAGCACCGGCUCGCCGCGAGCUCCCCACGAGUCGCAGCGCUGUCGAGCCUUGAAAACAUCUUUCCCAGUGUCUGGCCAGAGGUGCAGGGAGAGACAGGCGUUAUCUCCAGGCUGGAGAAAGGGCAAGGGCCGCCAGGAGCAAUGGCGACCUCUCCCGGCCCCCAGCCUCUGGCCCCCCUGGAGCAGGAUGCGGGUGACAUCCUCGUAGUGAAGGUGGAGGAUGACUACUGCUGGGAAGAGGAGCCCUCCCUGCAGGCGGAAGACCCCAGCCCUGAAACCUUCCGCCAGCUCUUCCGGCUGUUCUGCUACCAGGAGGUGGCGGGGCCUCGGGAGGCUCUGAGCCGCCUUUGGGAGCUCUGCUGCCGCUGGCUGCGGCCCGAGCUGCGCACCAAGGAGCAGAUCCUGGAGCUGCUGGUGCUGGAGCAGUUCCUGACGGUGCUGCCGGGGGAGAUCCAGGCCCGGGUGCGGGAGCAGCAGCCAGAGAGUGGUGAGGAGGCCGUGGUCCUCGUGGAAGGGCUGCAGCGGGAGCCCAGGAAGCAGAGGCCGCGGGAUCCAGAGUUGCUCCCUAAUGACACGCUGUCCCAUGGGACAGAGGAGUGGUUCUCGAAACACCAGGUGGAAGCCCAGCCAGAGGACCUGUCCCUGGGGGAAGGGGCUCAGCACUCCAGCCAGCCACCCCCAGCCCAGCUGAGCCACAGGCCAAGAGGAGGCCCCUCGCUCUGGCCAAACAGGGGCCCCGCAGCUUCACGGCAUCAGGAGACAGCAGCCCUGGCCACAUCCUUCCUUUCAGCCUGGUCCCAGGUGCCGGUGACCUUGGAGGACGUGGCUGUGUACCUGUCCCAGGAGGAGUGGGGCUGCCUGGACGUGGCUCAGCAGGACCACAGCUGCGACGUGCUGCUGGAGGAUGCAGGUGCCGUGGGGAGGCGCUGUCGGACGCCGUGCUGUGUCCCAGAGCGGGCGAGUCUCUGGGAGGGUGCCGCUUCCUUCGGGCUCAUUGAGGGGCUCCCCACGCCCGGGCCCUAUCUGACCGCCCUGCAGGGGCAAGGAGAAGGCCUGCGGGACCCAGCUCGAGCAGCCUCGGGGCCAAGGGAGGUCUCUGGUGGAGCCAGUUCAGAGUGUGGGAGCCAUUUGGAGGAUGGUGAGGACGCUGGGGAGGACGCAUCGCUGAGCACAGCGUGGGCCCAGGUGCUCCAAGAUCUGGGUCCGGGGCCCGGCCAGGCCAGACCCCAGCGGCCUCAGGACCCUCUUGGGGUCCGGAAGCCACACACGUGCCGCGAGUGUGGCAAGGCCUUCCGCAAGACGUCGCACCUGACCAAGCACCAGCGCACGCACACGGGCGAGCGGCCCUACCAGUGCCAGGUGUGCGGGAAGCGCUUCGGCGACCGGUCCAACUGCAGCACUCAUCAGCGGGUGCACACGGGCGAGAAGCCCUACGCCUGCGCCGAGUGCGGCAAGCGCUUCAGCCAGAGCUCCAGCCUGGUCAUCCACCGCAGGACGCACACGGGCGAGCGGCCCUACCAGUGCCAGCUGUGCGGGAAGCGCUUCAACAACAGCUCGCACUUCAGCGCACACCGCAGGACGCACACGGGCGAGAAGCCCCACACCUGCCCGGCCUGCGGCAGGGGCUUCCGCCGGGGCACCGACCUCCGCAAACACCAGCGCACACAUGGCGGGGAGCAGCCGCUGCGCAGACCCCCAGGGCUCCAGGACACGCCCGGGCCUUGGGCCUGAUCUUUCGGGGAGCUGCAGGGUCGUUUCAUUCCUGGAGUCAGCUCCCCGUCUCCAGGCGUCUGCAGACUCUGUUCCUGUGGGCGCAGUGUGAGCAGGAAGCCGGGCCCUACAGGUGGAUCAGGGUCCGGGGCUACCACGAAGAACGCACAUGGGGGAGCACUUAACAGCAGUGGGAAUUCUCAGGUUGGGCCAGAGCCUGAAGUCAAGGUGCCUGUGAGCUGCUCCUUCAGAGGCUCGGGUGGGGUCUACCCCGCGCUCUCCUCCAGGCUUGUGGCCACAGGGCUCUGCCACUGCCUCCCCAGCCCCUUCUGCGUAUCUCCGCGUGUUCUCCUGUCUUGUAAGGACGCCAUCAUUGGAUUUAGGGCACACUUAGUCCAGAACGACCUCAUCUUAGCUCGUUACAUCUGCAAGGACCUGUUUCCAAGUGGAGUCCUGGCUGAGGCUCUGACUGUUGACUUGGGGGACACCCUUCAGCCCACUUUGGGGGAAGCCUUGGUGGCUGCGGCCGCUUGCAGCUUUACGUGUCCCCGUCCUCCCAGGGUUGCUCUUUUCUUCCUGCAGCCUCGCCGUGCUUGCCAGGUGUAGCCCGUGGGGGUUCUCCAGCAUCACAGUGGUUGGGGGUUCCCCUCGCAGAUCCACGGCUGCUCUGUUGGAUGGACGGCUGGUGUGGAGAUGCUUCCCUGAGACCCUUCCUUCUAACCUCCCCCGCCUGCCGGGAAGUCUGGGGGCUUCCCCAGGAUGUGCCAGGGCUGCCAUUGUUCCAGCCCAGGUGGCCAUGUCCCAGGAUACAGGCUGGCCUUGGUUGCCCCACUUUGUCUUUCUGAUGGGGUCAUGCCUCUGAUCAGUUCCAAUCUGUGGCCUCACGCAUGGCCGCGUGGCGCAAUAAGAGGCCUUGUUUGCUGUCGUCACGAGUGAAGUGGUGGGGCAGCUCUGAAAUCACUGGGUUUCAGGAUGUUCCAACCGAUCACUAGACAUACUGUAAUUUCUCCACACCCCCCACACACCCGGGGGUGUGAGCUGCUCUGCUCUGUUCCCUUAAUAAACAGCGUCUGUCAGUCG